AUGAAGGAGGACCAGAUGGAUGUCGACUUCCCAUACGUCUCGUCCUCUUGGCUUACAGCCCAAGACUUCGAAGAAAAUGAGGUACCCGUCCAGGUCGAUUCUGUCAAAUGGCAAGGCUCUCAGUCCCUGUGCGAACCAUUGAAUCUCCUAUUAACUGAAGCGUACGUUCAGAAAGCAUCUCGUGCUGGCUUCACGAGCACAUCUCCUACCCAAGAUGCACUCACAUCGUCGCAAACCUUAGUGUCGUCCUCCACCUCCCAUUCUCGUCAUCCUGCACAUGUCCGUACGCGUUCACGACCAGCCCGUACGCGAUCCUUGACUUCGGUGGCAAACCCCCUGCCCGGAUCCUCUAUGUCCGGUCUACAACCCGACACUUCCCAGCUGCUCACCCUACUGAAAGACGUGUCGCAGAAGGUCGAUGAGAAUGCGCGAAAUAAGAAGCGCUACAUGGAACGUCAGAAGAAUACGCAGAUCUGUGUGCCUCCGAAAAUGGCAGAGGCACGGAGGGCAUCGCGCACUACGCUCGGCGACCUGCGGGAUGGAUGUUUUGACAAAACCAAUGUCAUGCGCGGAGCUGGCAAAGGCAAGGGCCAGAACUCGUCAUUGCAGCAGACAGAAGAUUUGAACCCAGACUUGAGCAUGGCAGAUACAAAUGCAGAUGAUAUCUCGUAUGUACCUGCUCGUCUGACAGCAACUCUUACUGCAGGACCAUCGAGAAGAACAAUGAUAGACCCCCACCGAGAUCGCAUUCCGGUGAACAGCACCUCAUCCAUGCUCCCUCCUGCAACCCCGCAAGCAGCGCAUCCACCCACGAGCACCUGUCCUGCACCCUCCCCUUUAGUACGCUCACGACCUGUUGUUCAGCCGGCACCGAAACUCCCCAUCACUCCUCCAGCUGAGCUUUUUCGUUCAACUCGGUCCAAGACCUCCGCCCCAUCAUCCGCUGUCCCACCCUCUGCAUCUUCCUCUACUCCACAUACUACACAAUACCCCCCGCCGCUCGGCAUGCGCCGCGGGCGUUACUCCGUUCCCUCCAGCACGUCCUUCCUCCCCUCGCAGAGUCUCCCCACAAAGCGGAAGGUGUUCAAGUCCCCGCUGGCACGCCCCAUACCACUGAAACACCCAGCACUACCCCCAGCCCCGGCUCCCGUGUCUGCGCGAUAUGCCCCCCCAUCUACGUCUCGGAAAGACCCCAGUGGCUCUGCGCCGCUGACACCUGAUCCCUCCCCCCCGGGCGCGCAUGGGCAGAGCACCCGCCUGUCCGUCACUUCUGCAAAGGCACCACCCAUGGAUGAGCGCUCCUCAUCCCCUCUUGCGCAGGAGGCAGAUUCGAGCUUCGGUGAUCUGCCAUUCCUGUUAGAGCCCGACGAUUUGCACGCGUUCAUGCGCCAAUAUGAUCAUACGGGCUGA